UACCAGCAAAAUUACUUACAAUGGAUUUUUCAAUGGAAGAGCACUACAAUCGCAUUAAGUCGGAGUUGGAAAAUGAAGAGCUGCUGACCUUCGAGGACAUUCUCCAUCUUACCAAAGCCUCGCCAAAGGUUUUGACCAAGACCAUCAAAGUUUUGGCCAAGGAGCUGCACCGAAUGAAGCCAGUCAAAAUAGAGGACGCCUUCGAGAAUUUUUGCUUAGAGGAAGAUGAGAUUUUGGAACAGGACGAAGCAGUGGAAAUCAUUGGCUUUGAGGAACUGGUCGUUCGCACUGGAGUCCAUCCUUUGCUCCUUGAGCGUAGUCUGAUUGAUAUGUCCCAAGGGAUACAAAAGAAGUUAAUCAAAUCACAAUCUUUCAGUCGUUCUCCACGUUCAUAAGCAUAAGACUUGGGCUAAUUGCAUUUGAAUUUUAUGUUGACCAAGCACGAUAUUGCCUUGCUAUAAAAAAA